GAUUCUGGCAGAACUACACAAGUUGAACAACAAACCAGAACCGCAACUGCAACCUAUCUCUGACAUCACAGAUAUUACAGAAAAGCCAAACCCCACUCAACCUGAACUGAGUCUACCUCAGGCCAUAACAACCAAUCAACCAGAAUCACAAAACAAAAUUGAAUCAGAAACCGACAAUGUGGCUGAAGAUACAUCUGAAAAUAUUCAGCAAUUCAAUAAAGCUUCAGAGAAGGACGGAAUUCAGCAGACAAACCAAAAAGACUUGGGGGGGAAAGGAGAAAAGAAAUUAUUGGGGUAAAGUGUUUUGCAGUUUUAUAAGUCACAGUAUAUUAAAUGUUUUCACUAAUAUAGGCUCUAAUUACAUUUCUAAAUGUACACUUAAUAUCUACUUUUUCUUCCUGCAGACCACAGUCCAAGAAGAAAAACAAAACAUCACUUUGGAAAUAAAGAAAAUUCUCGACAACCUUUCCAAAGAUGGCCUGAAAGAAUUUAAUUUCUACGAAUUCACUAAAUCCACAAAUCAAUCAAUUCCUAGAGGGAAACUAGAGGGAAAGGACACUAAGGAUACUGCCAAGAUAAUGACUGACCACUAUGGAACCUAUGAGGCUGUACAAGUCACAAGAGACAUUCUACUCAACAUCAAUCAGCGCCCACUUGCUUGUGAUCUGGAGAAGAAAACUGGUCAACUGAAUCAGCAGAGUCAUCUUUCAAAAUCCCUUUUGAAGAAAGAAGCUAACCAGGGGGAGAAACUGAAGAAUUUGUUAACUUGUGGUGGUAACUCACUAGACCAAUAUGACAGAUUUGUUGUUGUUGUGAACAAGAGCAGUCCAGAACAAGUGCAGUAUCUCCAGUUUCUGACUAAGUUGAAACUAUUUUGUGUGCUAGACUUUGACCCCAACUCUGUUGCUCCUGGGGGACUCUGUCAUUCCUACAGAGAGUCAAGGUUAGCCAAUCUGCAUACUCCAUCACAAUAUCAAGGAAAGACUGACUCAGUGAUAAAGGACCUUAACCUCUGCAAGCAGACAAGCUGGAUCUUCUGCAAUGGCAGACAUGACCUUGACAGCAACUUGAACAAGGAGUUAGACUAUAAGAACUGGCUGAGGAAAUCUUGCAGAGACGUAGAACAGUUAGUAUCAUUCAUCUGCAACCACGAAGUUUUUCACCAUGGAAGAAGUCUCAUCAUAUUUCUCCUACUUUCACCUGUGGUCACUGAGAAAGACCCAAUCGUUGACAUCUACAAAUCAUUCAUAAAACACAUCAAGGAGGAAAGCAUCAUCAAUAUUUGUGAAUCUCAGAGCACAUACCAGAAAUGGAGGGAGCUGAUACAGGAAAAGUGUGAUUUCGACAUUGAAGGUCUAUCAAUAAAUGAACUAACCUUAAGUGAAAUCAAUGGUACUAUAAUGGCACUUGGGCCAUUCAAUCAGUCAUCUGGAAGGUUACUUCCCUCUUCUGGUUCCAGUGCCAUUGCCUUGAAACAGAAGGAUGAAGAUUUCAUUACUGCUCUGGAUAUUUUGUGUCUGAAUCAGUGUGAAAAUAUCUAUGAUGAAAACAGUGAAGAGUUCCAAGAUUUUAGAAAGAAAGUUGAGGAGGAAUUCUUCAGAGGAGGCAAAGUAAAAUGGUGGAACUUUUACUUCUGUGACAAAAACAAAGAUAAGCCAUUUAUCAAGCGGAACAAGUAUGCCAAUGUGAAGAAGAUGAUCAGGUCUAAAUUGAAAGAUUCAAAGGACAUGUGUGUUCUGCUCAAUCUGUUUCACCAACCGGGCUGUGGAGGUACCACCUUAGCAAUGCAUGUGAUGUGGGAUCUCCGUCAUGAGUUAAGAUGCGCAGUGCUAAAUGACAACACAGUACCAAAGACAGAAGUAGCCACUCAAGUCAAAAGACUCAUGAAACUUGAAAGUGAGAAACCAUCUCCAGUAUUGCUGUUAGUUGAUGAUUCAACAAGAACCGAAAAUCUUAACGACCUUGUGAGCUGCAUACGUAAAGAAGUUAGUUUGAACAUUAAUUUGGAUGAUGAACCAAAUUGUAAAGUCAUUAUCCUUAACUGUGUUCGUUCCCAUAGCCCAAAAGAGCAAUUCAGAAAGCACAAACCAACCGAAAGUCAACAUAUAACGUCUUCAUUGACACAAGAAGAACAGAAGGACUUUGAAAAGAAACUCAAAGAGCUCAAAGAAACUCAUGAAAAACCAGAAAGCUUUUACAGCUUUAUGAUCAUGAAAAGUAAUUUUGAUAAGAAAUAUAUGGAUGACAUUGCUCAUAACACACUGGAGAACUUUGAUUUCAGCCAAAAGGAGGCCCGAAUGUUUGCCUUCUUAGCAUUACUGAAUAACUAUGUUGCAGAAUCAGAAAUAUCGCUCGCUUUUGCUGAAGAUUUCUUGGGGAUGAAAAUGAUACAUUGGAGAGAGGACAGUGUACUGGACAGAAUGAAGCCAUAUUCCAACUUUCUCAUUGUACACAAGGUUGAAGACUGGGGAGGAUAUAAAGCAAUCCGAAUCCUUCAUCCGGCCAUUGCAUCUGCCUGUCUGGAAGAGUUAGAGAGAAGCUUCUCUUUAAAAGUGAGCGAUAUCACUAUGGAGGUGCUUCACUGUGAUCUCUUCUUCAGAGUUGGAGUUGCCAAACACAGAUUCUCAAUUAAACAAAUGGUGAUUGAAAGGCAGCGCAGCAAAGAUGAGAGAGGACUAUUUUCAUCUCUCAUAGACAAAGUCCACAUUCAGCAAGGAAGGCAAACUGUCCAAGAAAUAUUUGUGAAAGCAUCAUCCAGGUUUGAAAAAAGUGCAUCUAUUCCUCAGGCCUUGGCAAGAUAUUUGUACAUCAACGAAUGUGACUUCCCAGAGGCUCUGAAAUGGGCAGAAAAGGCCAAGAACAUCAAAGAAAACCCAUACACAUUCGACACAAUUGGGCAGGUUCACAAAAACAAAUUAAAAUCUAACAACAACAGAGAAAAGCAGGAAACAUCACACAAUCCAGAAGACUUAAACACAAACCUAAAAAUAGCACAGAAUGCCAUCAGAGCGUUUAAAAGCGCUCAAGAGCUGGCAAACACAGAUGAUGACCCUGAAGAUAAAGCUGCUGCUGAUGAGUCGGGUGACUUUCCCAGAAAGUCAUAUAAUGUUUACGGCUAUGUGGGUGUGCUGGAAAUUGCCUUCAUAGUCUUUGAGAUAUUGUGCAGAUUGCCGUUCUUUAAGGAAAAAGAUCCAAUGAAGAAGAAGUACUUCCAGAGUUACCUGCAAAAAGUAAUCCCAAUCACCAGCGUGCAUAAGGAUGACAAUGACAUCAACAACAGAUAUGUGGAGAUCAUCAAAGAACAUGAGCAGUUUCUCCUUGGUUUGAAAACUGAAGUUAAAGAAACAUUUGAUCUUCUUGACUGUUACUACACAUAUAUUAAAGCAAACAACUCCGAAUUUGAUUCGAAGAAUCGUUGGACCGUCAGUGUUUUUUUUAAAGACUUUGUAAAUCUUUUUUGCACUGCAACCGAUGAAAUGCGCAAAGAACGGCCAAGCAAUUCUCAUCUCAAUUUGAAAAUAGAUAUUGAAGAACGAAGAUUGAUUCUUGAAGCGAAACAUGCAGAUACAUUCACAGGGAUUCUUCAGCAUUUGGACAAGCCUGCCGAAGAGAUUGAGGAGAUCACAGAAUGCUAUGCAUUCUUGCAACAAAAACAGCAGUUUUUCAAUAAAAAACAACAGACAAAGGAAACUAUCAAUUACAUUAUGUCGAAGAUAGUUCUUUACCUUUUGAAACCAAAAUCUAAGCAUGUAAAGAGACUCAACCACCUCUCUGAUCUGCUUUUGAAAACUCUGACGGAUGUAGGACUUGGGUAUCCCUUCCCAGACCCAUACUAUCUGGCUUUGCUGCUGUUCUGGCCAAGUCAUACUCAGGAAAACCAAGAAAUCGUGACAUAUGUGAAAGCAAUUCGAAGAUCAUCCUGCAAGAGGUUCUCAUUGCUUCGAAUUAGGAGCACAGUUGCCCACCUCUUCUUAGGUAAAGAAGAGGGACUCAGUAGGCUUGUUUCCAAACCUCAACUAGAUGAGAAUUUUAAAGACAUGCGAUGUGACACCUUGGCACAACUUUGGCGAAAUGGAAACAUAUUUAAAACACAGGCGAUUAUCAAACGUCUUCAUCGAGUCGUUGGAACCAUUGAGCAAGGAGAGGUGUUCGCCAAUUACAGAAAACUGAAAAUCCCUGUGCGUCCAGCUCUCAUUGCUGGUACAAGAAGUGGUUGCAGCACAGAAAAGGUUUCUUUCUACCUUGGCUUUGCUAUUGAUGGACCCCUUGCUUAUGACAUUCAGUAUGAAAACUAGGGUAAGGGACUGUAAAUAACAAAGUGCAAAUUGCACAAGUGCAGCAA